CGGCAGGAAUCUAAUCAGAUCCGGGUCAAGAUGAAGUGGAAACUGAUCGUUCUUUUAGGCCUCCUCCCUUCAUAUGCUAUAGCGUUUGCUCAGGUGUAUUCGAAAGCAUGGCUCUGUGCGGCAGGCUGUCGCCGAGCGGUGGACAAAACCGUCUUCGACGUGCCCAAAGCCGUCAAAAACAAAUGUCAUCCUCUCUACGCCCAGUCUCUGUUCGCCUGCAUCGCCCAGUACUGCACUCGGCAUCAGACUAAAGUGGGAUUGCCUUCCAUCAAUGAGACCUACUGCAGCAGUCAUGGAUCUCCGCUGCCGCCCUACGACUUCACAGCAGCACAUCAACUGCUUUCGGAUAAUGUCACUUGGGUCUCAUAUCCUGAGGUUCGCCAUGGGAACUAUACCACCCAAGUCGUUCCCGAUCAGAACUUCUAUCAACUCGCCUAUGAUACAGAGAAUGCGAGCAAUACCGCAACGACGUUCGAUUGGGCCCUCGCCAUGAGCAACAUCGGAUUUUGGGCCCUCGUUCUCCUGAUUGCCGCUAGUCUGCAUCAACUGUCGUUACUUCGAGAAUCUGCACGGAAAUCACCAGAUUUCGAUGGGACCAAGUCUCCCGCAUCGAAGAAGACCGGCAGCUGGCUCCAGCGGAAUCUGUUGGUUGCAUCAGCUUUGCCUCAUUCCAGUGCCAUGGUCCCGAACCGACUCGAGGCUCUCCUCGUGCUCGCGUACAUACUCAUGAACUUCGUAUUCUGCUUCUUGGGAUACAACUACAUGGAGGUCAGCCUCCUGGACUGGCACGCUGUUCAGUACGAACGCUUCAUUGGCAACCGAUGUGGCUUCCUGGUACUGAGUAACUUUCCUCUCGUCUGGUUGUUUGCGUCCAAGAACAAUCCUUUCAUCUGGCUCACACAUUGGUCCUUUGACACAUUCAACUUCUUCCACCGAUGGAUUGCACGGCUCGCAGUAGUGCUGGCGCUCGUUCAUGCCAUCUGUUACACCACGGGAGAUUCUAAACAAGGCAUAUAUAUCAGAUCGUGGAAGAGAGAUCUAUGGUAUCGCUGCGGCAUCUUUGGUCUCAUCACGAUGAGCUUCAUGGUAUUCCUUUCCAGUCGAUACUUUCGCAGACGCGCUUACGACUUGUUUCUGGCCCUCCACAUCGGCAUGGCUGCGGCGAUAUUGAUUUUGAUCAAAAAGCACUUGUCUCUGUGGAAGGGUAACACCAGGAGAGAUUUUUGGGCAUUUAUCUGGACAUGUGUCGCUUUCUGGGCCAUCGACAGACUGGUACGAUUCUUCAAAAUCUUUUACACAAUGCUGCGAACGGGCGGCCGGAGGAUCAAAACCACUGCGACUUUUGACCAAGAUGCAGGCAUUAUCAGGCUUGAUGUGUCGUCCCUGUUUCACGAACAAUCGGUUCCUCGACCUGGUGCCUACUAUCAUAUCUACGAACCGAAGCAAUGGCGCGGAUACGAGAACCAUCCAUUCUCGUUGUGUUCCUGGAGUGAGAGUCCCACACCCCCGAGCACGAUCCUCGCAUUGGAGGAUGAGAAGCACAAGUCCGAACCAACAGUGAUGGAUGUCACUGAAGACGCCUCCACAGAUUCCAGGACAGCCACAUCCGGAGCGGAGAGGAAAGUCUCGCGAAAACACACUUUCCUGAUCCGCCCACAAGCCGGCUGGACACAGAGACUGGCAAAGAAGCUCUCUUCCUCCGGUAUAAACUCCACGCAACUCACCCUCCUCUACGAAGGUCCCUAUGGCCAACAAAUAACCUUGAAUCGCCACUCCGACACCCUCAUGAUCCUCGGCGGAAGCGGCAUCACCGCUGCCAUCUCACACAUCUCCCAUCUCCUCGAAACUUCUCCCCACCACCAGACAGUCCGCAUCCUCUGGGUCGCUCGUACUUGGUCUUUUUGCCAUGCCAUUCUCCAAAACGAACUCGCCCAUCUUCUCCAAUCUCAUCAUGAUACUCAUAAACUCCAGCUCGAAAUCUACCUCACGGCAGACGACGAGAAGUUACCAUCACCUCCCUCAGCAACAGCCAACUACAAAGUCUUCGCCGGCCGACCGGAUAUCGAAAAAGCAAUUUUCGAAUGUCGUGACCACGCUGCGAGAGACCUGGGAGUGUUUUGCUGUGGUCCGACUUCCAUGGGGCUGGCUUGUCGGGAUGCUGUAGGAAGAGUGUUGAAAGAUAAUGGCCAGCAGCAGGGUAACAAGGAUGUGAGGUUGUAUUAUGAGAGUUUUUCGUGGUGA